AUGUGAGGUGCUCAGCCAAUUGUUGAGGCUUGCCUUGUGGAUUCGUUCGGUUCGGUUCGUUUCGUUUCUUUUUUUCGGUUUUCUUUUUUGUAUGCAUUUAGUUGAAUGAAACGCAAUUGAAAGCAGAAGGCAGUCGAGGAUUGUUGUUGUCGAUUGUCUCUUGUCGCUCGUCGCUGCAUGCAAAUGAAAUGGAUCAGUUCUCGCACGACUUGACGCUCGCCCUCGAGGAGACCUCACUGAUGGACAGGGCCUGCGGCGUUGGUAGGUGGGGCUCUCGUCGACGCACUCGAUCAACGGGCAAUUUGCCUUGUGCACCGCAGCCAACGGAGGAUUCGUCGAGCAGUCCCACAGACACAGCACUGCAUGCCCAUGCCGGACACGGCAAUCAGGCACAAUCGAAUAUGGAUGGCCUGGAUGCUGGACACAUGCAGAGUGCGUUGCUGCCAGCGAGCGAUUCGGAUGACAAGGCGGAGGCAAUGUUGCCGCUGCGUCUACAUGCUGCCACAGUUGCGGUACGCAUGGGCUUGGGCGCCCUGGAAUCGGAUUCGCUAAAUGAGACCACUUUCAGUCCAGCACGUUUCUACAAGCCGAACUCGCGACGCAAGCGAAAGAUCAAGCGGAUGUCCAUGGAAUUUGAGUUUAGCAAGGAUAGCAAUUUUGCAAGCGAAUCCCCACUGCAUCCGGGCAUGCUGAGUGGCUGUAUCUAUGGUUUCGCCGGCACAGCAACUGGCACAUUGCGCAAGCGUCUGCUCAAGGCAACAACAGCAGCAGCAGCAGCAGGAGCAGCAGCAGCUGCAACAACAGCAACAUCAACAAUGGAAAAUAACGCCGGAAAUCGCAAUUCGAAUUUAUUCUUUUGCGGCAAACGAAAGCGUUCGAAUCGGGAUCGUUAUCAUGAGCAUGAUCAUGGUCAUGUGGGUCAACUGGCCGCUUGCAUUGCCAGCAGCAGGUUGCAUUCGUCAAGUGUGCCGCGCUACACGCACAUGGAGGAGUAUCAUCGGAUGCGACCGCGUAGUUAUUCAUCCACAUCGAAGCCGCAUAGCGAUCGUCUCUUGCCGCUCAACAAGGGACUGCUAUCCAAGAUAAAUCGCAUGGCGCAACAACAGCAACACCAGCAGCAACAGCAACAACAAACACAAAAGACUGACAACACAACAACAGCAACAGCAGCAACAACGAACAUGGAAGAGGAGGAAUCGUCGAAGCCACAAAAACAACACCAGCAGCAGCAACAGCAACUGCAGCAACAGCAAUUGGAACCGCUGACAGCUGGCAGUCAAUCGGCUCUGGCUGCUGAUUUUAGUAUGGAAACUUUAGUGCCUGUCAGCGAUAUUGAAUCGCUGCUGAAGACAAACAAAACAGCCGAGAAGCUGCCGCAAUUGCAACCGCAACCACCCAUGUGCCUGGAACGCAAGAAGUCGUCACAUAGUCGUCGUUGCCGUGGCUUUUGUCCGACACCGCAGCAGCCACAGUUUCAGUUGCAACUGCAGCUGCAACAGCAUAUCCACCAGUCGAAAAUGGACUGUGGCGAACUGUAUGAUUUCUUUAGCUCCAGUUCGCUGAGCUCCUCCUCCUCGUCCGAUGAUAGCGAGGACGAUCUACGGCGUCACGAUACGGCCGGUGAGGGCGAUGACGAGCUAACCGAUUGGCCCGGCAACGAGCUGGGACCCGGUGGCAAAUAUGAUCCCAAGCGUAAGCUAACAAAGAAAUCACUGUUGCCGCAAAUACGAUCCGAUGACACCAUUGGCGAGGAUGACACCCUAAUGUCCGGCACCGAGAUGAUGACCACAGCAACAACAACAACAACAGCAACAACAACCACAAUCGAUGGCAGUUGUCUGGGCAGCAACACGAACACAGUGUUGCAAUUGUCAUCGCCGCCGCCGCCAUUGGCGCUGGAUGUGCGACAAGAUUUGUCACGUUUUCAGCCGAUUGCCAGCUCGAAACCAAUUGAGAUAUGUGGCGGUGGCGGCAAUCAUCGUGGUGGUGGUGGUGGCUUCAUCGAUGCCAUCCACAUUGAUCAGCGGCAUGCUUUCGACAUGGAUAGCAGCAGCAGUUGUAUUGCUGGCAUGCCGCCGACAUCCUCCAAGCAAAUCGAAAGCGAAAUGUCCGGCGAAACAUCGAAUCCAUUCCUCUCCUCCUCGCCGCCCGUCCAGGUGCAGGAGGUGCGCGAAAUCCGCGCCGGUUGCCGUCGCAUCAACGGCGAUCGUCCCGGUUUCAGUAUCAAACUGAGCGUCAACGAGCGACUGGCACGCUUCCUUCAAGAUCCACGCCAGACCCAAAUCCGUUUGCCCGACAUUGAGAUCUUUGAGCAGGAUAGCCUGCUAAAUCUCGCCACGCUCUACUCCCUCCACAUGGUUGUGGAGCACAGUUGCACGGUGCUCACCAAGACGAGAAACACAACGCAAUCGGUACACAUUGAUACGCAGCGCAGUCUGCAGGAGCGUCAGGAUCUCUUUGGUGACUUGAAGCGACGCUGUUACGGUGAUGCGCCGCUUGCAACCAGUUUUGGUGGCGCUGCCACAACGGCAACAGCGGCUGCUGACACAGCUGCUACAGAGCUGCUGGCGAAAAAAUGAUGGCUCAUUAACAACAAGCAGCAAGUGCAAGCCACCACCACAAUCAAUUGGAUGAUGUCGCUGUUGGCAGCUGACAGUCUUCCUUCGCAGGCGGACCCGCAAAUCCCAAAAAAUAAAUCCAGGCAAUUUUCUCUCUUGGGGCAAAUGUGCAAAUGUUGGCCCAAUAUUUAUUAAGCGUUUUGUAUAAUGUGUCGCGUCUAACAUGAGUUGUGUGUGCAUGUCUCGCACAUUACCGAUCUAUGUACAUAUAUAACUACUA